AGAAGAAGAACGAGACUGAGAAGAAGAUGCGACUGAAUUUAUAAAUGUAGCCUGAAUUGCUAAACGCCGAGAUUCCUAAACGUCGUUUUUAAAAAUAUUUUUUACUUUUGGGGUUGAUUUGAUAUUAAGUGGUCUUCGCGAGGACAUCGCUCUCACGUGAAUGAUUCGACCGCAGUCAUAUUUAUUACCAUAGUUUUUUGUACAUAAUGUCAUUAGCCUUUCAUUAUCACACUGAAGGACUCUUAGCUACCGCGAAGCUAAGGCAGCUAACUGCAAAUGUCUGACCAGUGUUUACUACGUUUAGACUUUAAAUAAUAAGAGCUUAAGGACGAGUCCAAACUCAGCCUUUGGACACGGUGCCUCUUAUCAAGCCACGAGUCACAGCUACGGUUUACAUGUCCUGUUACUGCGUUUUUUUUUAGCAGAAGCUAAUGAUCUGCUUCCAUCUUCAGCAGUCGCUGGACUCAGGUGAAAUAACUGAAAUCAUGUUCUACUAAAACCAGGUCAAGAGAUAACGUCUGAGAUGAUGAAGGUUGAAGAGGAAGACCCUGGAGGGCUCAUACCUGCAGCAUCCCUAUCAGAACUGGAGCAGACACAAGACAGCAAAGAUCCCAUAGAUCAUAUGUUGGUGAUCAAAGUGAUUCCUGAUGACUGGAGCCCCAGUUCAGACCAGCAGGACCCAGAGCCCCCCCACAUAAAAGAGGAGGAGGAGGAACUGUGGAUCAGUCAGGAAGAAGAGCAGCUAAAUUUGAAGAGGAAUGAUGACAAAAAAAGAGAACUUUCAGAGUUUCACCAAGCCAAAGGUGAAAACAUCAGAGAGACAGAAGCUCCAGUCAGCAGCUCAGCCGAUCAGCUUAAAACAGAAUCCAGUGGAGAUGACUUUGGAGGAGCAGAGAGGGACAGCAGCACAGAUCCAGGAUGGUGCUACCGACAUACCAAGACGGACAGAAGAGGUCAAACAUCUACACAGUUUUCCCAACUCAUCACUCAGAGUAGAUUACAGAGUGGAGAGAAUCCGUUUAGUUUCAAUGUUUGUGGGAAAAAAUUCAAACAUGCGAGUAAAGUUAAGCUCUGCAUGAAUAGCCACAUUGAAAAUAACUGUGAACUUUGUGGUAAAGGAUUCAAAGCAAAGCGCUUUCUUGAAACACAUAUGAGACUCCACACAGGAGAGAGACCUUUUUCCUGCAGUGACUGUGGUAGAAGGUUCCAUGCCAAGACAGUUCUUAAACGUCACAUGGAAGUCCACUCAGGAGAAAAACCUUUUUCCUGUGAUGUUUGUGGUUCAAGAUUUAAAAGGAAGGAAACUCUUAAGAAGCACAUGUGGAUCCACACCAGAGAGAGACAUUUUGUGUGUAGUGUUUGUGGUAAAGAGUUUUCUUAUCCACACAAUCUAAGGAUUCACAUGUGUGUUCACACGGGAGAGAAGCUGUUCAUCUGUAGUGUUUGUAGUAAAGGAUUUUGUGAACAAGAAACUCUGAAGAGACACAUGCGCAUUCACACAGGAGAGAAACCGUUUGUUUGUAGUUUUUGCUGUAAAGGUUUUUCACAACAAAUUCAUCUGAAGAGACACAUGCAUGUUCACACGGGGGGGAAGCGCUUUAUCUGUGGGGUUUGCUGUAAAGAGUUCUCUCAGCGGCAUCAUCUCAAAAAUCACAUGGAGGUUCACACAGCUUCAUUUAGCUGUAGUAAUUGUAGUAAACGUUUUGUGAAAGAAAUCCAGUUACAGCGACAUGUUAGAGUCCACUCAGCAGAGAGGCCGUUUGGCUGCGCUGUCUGUAAAUGCAGAUUUAGCCAGAAGGCUCAACUAGAGAAUCACAUGAGAGUCCAUUCAGGUGAGAAACCAUUUGUCUGUGCUGUGUGCAGUAAAGCGUUUUCACAGCAAGGAAAUCUAAAGAGACACAUGGUUGUUCACAAGAACUGCAAUUAAUGAUUUUUGAUGGUUGAAAAUUAUGAAGUAAUAUUUUUCCGCAGCCCUCUAACCUGGUAAGGCAUGUUGAUAAGGUGAGGCAUUCAGGUUUAGUUCUACUUAAUAUCAAUCUGGAUAUGCUGAUUGGCCGAAAGCGACACCUAGUGCCCGCCUACCAGGGUUUGGUCUUAGCCAAUCAUGGUAACAAAUGAAAUGGCAGCAGACACCAUCACAAACCAGAAGAACUUACACUUUUACACUCUUGGUGUUCGUCUUACAAAGAUGAAACAGUAGAUUCUUACAAACCAGGAGUGAUAGAAGCAGCUAUCUACAAGUUCUCUUGGGCUGCCAUGUUUGUUUUGGUUCGGCUGUGGGCUAUGCAGUUCUUGUUUUCAACACAGCUAUAUAUCCUGCCUUUAAUCAUCAUUCUGUAAUGUGAAUGGCCGAACCGUUUUUGGAUUUUCUAGAAUGGUUUAAGCUGGAGCGGGACAUAAAAAAAAGAAAAUCCCUUUAUUGUCCCACAAUGGGGAAAUUAUGGUGUUUCAGCAGCGAAAGCAUUACAGUAAAAGUGGUCACACAAAUGUGGAUGUUAAAAAAGUGUAGAAAAAUAACAGAAUAAGUGGCAGGCUUUAAAAACAACAAUAAAAUAAAAUAAAAAAUACAAAUAAAAUACUGUACUGUAUAGUGUUUUUAUAAUAUAAAUAUUGUGCAUUCUUCUGAAGAAUAAAUAAUACAUGUUUAAAUACACAAAUACUGUGAAAAUUCAGCUUGCAGCAAAAGUUAGCAACUCUUUUGCAAACUUGAAUGCCCUUUUGACGUCUCUGCAUUAUGCAUUAACUAUGUCCUUCUGCUCAUUCAUUCACCAUUUUCCCCACACUAAGACUAAAAUUCCACAUCCUUUGUAACUGCUCCGUCCCACCCAGAGCGCCUCCAUGAAGCAUCGCCUACAGCUCCAGCGGUUUCUCCCAUCUUGCUCUGCUCCGAGUUCUUUAGAGCUUAAGGACAGCAUGCAUGAAUUUUUAAUAAUUACUAUUUAAUGCAAAGGAACACUACACAAGAUAAUGAACCCUUAAUUUCAAAUGAAAUUAUUCAAACUUACCAUGUUCAUCCAGCACACAGGCAAUUUCUGCCCAAACCUUUGCCGUUCCUGUGUCUUUAACGAGGAUGCCUUGGAUCAUACCUGAUUGUUUUGUUCUUCUCAUCCAAAAUCUACGUGGUCUUCUAGAGCUGAACCAAUUGGAUUAAUUGUGAUUAAUCGAUUAUUUAAAUAGUCGUUAACUAAUUUCGUAAUCAAUUCAUCGUUACUGGAUUAUAGACUAAAACAUGCCUUCAGCUGACAGUGACCCACUCAGAGUAGUAAUUAUAUGAACAUUUUAAAAAAUAUAUAAAUAUUUCACAUUUAAGAUAAAAAAAAUCUUUUUCAUUUACCAAUAUGCUUUAUCCAGAAGUCAAAAAGUAAAGGUUUAGUUUCACCUGGUUUAAAUUUGUAAAAAACAUUUCUUUAAGGUACUUUUUACUAUCCGAUUAUUAAUGGAUUAAUUGAAUGAUUAAUGGAUAAGCAAAAUAAUUGUUGCGCUCUGCGACAAGAAGUUGCUCUUGAGGCAUUAUUGAAAGCUGAUGUGACUGGAUGUGACAUUUUUAGACUUUCAGAAUAUAAAAUAUUUAAAUUGAGUUUAAAAUUCUGCUUCAGUUUUCCUUCAGAAUUAAAAUCUUUUUUAUUUUUUGGGGAUAUAUGAAAAUGGUGUUUUAAUUUAUAGUUGCCAAUCUGUCAUUACUUUAUCUUACAAAUCAGAUAGUCCCAGUGUUCUCUUUUCUUUUUAAUACAGUUGCAAUUGUGGAUCUUGACCUGUCUGGAUUCCAACAAAACGGAGCAAAAAAAAAGGUGAAUGUGGAAAUGAUCUCAUUGAUUAUCAUGUGCAAAUGCUACACCGGACGUAUGAGAGCGUAGAAUACGAAGGAUGUGGAAUUUCAGGGAUAUCCUGCAACUCUUAAGUCUCUUGGCACAGACCACUUUGUUUGCAUUUUUUUAAAAAUGUGUCUGGAGAGGCUCUGGGUUACAUUUUUACAUGGGGUGAGUAGCACCAAAAUUAAAAUUACCCUGUGAAGGAGGAUUUUUCUGCUUUGAUCAGAUGUAUAUCUAACUGUUAAGCAGCGAAAGGCAAUUUUAAAUGUAUUUAGAUUGAACGUGGCAGUAGUAAUUUUUUUCACUGACUUAAAAUCUGAUUUUCCUUUAAUCAGAGUUGUACAUUGGUGUAAUUUACUAUGUGUAUAUGUAAAUUUUAUUUGCAUUUCUCAAAAUGUAACUCAACGAUCUGCACUUAGCAUAUGCAGUAUUAAAACAACUAAUUAGCAACCCUUCUAAACUUAUCAAAUUAAUUUUCCAGACGUUAGAUGGACUGAUGUUUUGCUCUAAAUAAAAAAGGGAUACUUGUAACAUUUUUGCAGCAGUUUUAAACAUCUAUUUAUUCACUUCACUCUUUGUAUUUAUUAGCAGUACCUAUAAUGAAUGUGUCUAAUUUUAUAUAUUUGCAUUUUCUGUUGUUCUGACUGCAUUAUCUAAUGCUAAUGCUGAGGCAGACUGAUUUUUGAUUAAGGAGAAGUAUUGUGCUGCUGUAAGCUAUUUUUUAUGCACCCUUUUUAUCUGAAUUAGCCACAGAAAACCAGCAAAGCGGAAGCAGUUUCCCCUCUGUAUUUUCUGUUAAAUAAACAGGUUUUAAGAUUGUAUUUAUCCCAUUUGUUUAUUUGUGCUUUUAAUAAAGGAUGUACAGUUUGUCUUUUGAUUUAAUUGGACUCAUUAAGAUGAUAAAUCUUAGAUGGUCCUUGUCGUUAUUUUGGAAUGAAGUUGACUCCUCACUGUAAUAUAAAAGAAACAAUAAAAUAGAAGUGAGUUUAAAGUGA